GAGGAAACAUCGCGGGGUUUCGACGACAUCGGUAUGAAAUGGCAGAAACUGCUUGUGUCACGGAAGCACAAAGAUUAGGUUACGUGGUACACAUGUAUUUUAAUGUUAUUCAGCUCUCGUAGGACAAGGAAUACUUAAUAUUGUAGGUUGACAUUAUCAACGAAUGAACAAGGAUUUGUUUUUUGGGGGGGAAACACUAAGGGCGUACAUUGCAACGGGGGAGAUCAGCGACUGCGGCUCUACUACUCUACUGGAAUUACUUGAGCGUUCUGUCGUUGAGGGGUGAGCUCGACUUGGAUGCCUAAAACGUGACGAUUUCCCCCCCCCCUCCCAAGUCUUCAUCAUGAAUCGCAAUAAGCGUGAAAAGGAGUUCUACAGCUUAGAUGUCGGGGAUUCUACGUUUACUGUGUUGAAGCGCUACCAGAACCUCAGGCCCAUUGGCUCCGGGGCACAGGGAAUCGUCUGUUCCGCGUACGACCACAACCUUGAGAGAAAUGUGGCCAUUAAGAAGCUGAGCCGGCCCUUUCAGAACCAGACCCAUGCCAAGCGGGCCUACAGAGAACUGGUGCUAAUGAAAUGUGUCAAUCACAAGAACAUUAUCGGCUUAUUAAAUGUGUUCACGCCACAGAAGACGCAGGAGGAAUUCCAAGAUGUGUACCUGGUGAUGGAGCUGAUGGACGCCAACCUGUGCCAGGUGAUCCAGAUGGAGCUGGACCACGAGAGGCUGUCCUACCUGCUCUACCAGAUGCUGUGCGGCAUCAAGCACCUGCACGCCGCCGGCAUUAUCCACCGCGACCUGAAGCCCAGUAACAUCGUGGUGAAGUCCGACUGCACGCUGAAAAUCCUGGACUUCGGCCUGGCCCGGACCGCCGCCACAGGUCUGCUGAUGACCCCCUACGUGGUCACGCGCUACUACCGCGCCCCUGAGGUCAUCCUGGGCAUGGGCUACCAGGCCAACGUUGAUGUCUGGUCUAUUGGCUGCAUCAUGGCUGAAAUGGUCCGGGGUAGUGUGUUGUUUCCAGGUACUGAUCACAUCGACCAGUGGAACAAGGUGAUCGAGCAGCUGGGCACGCCCUCGCAGGAGUUCCUCAUGAAGCUCAACCAAUCGGUGAGGACGUACGUGGAGAACCGGCCCCGCUACGCCGGCUACAGCUUCGAGAAGCUCUUCCCUGACGUGCUGUUCCCCGCCGACUCGGAGCACAACAAGCUUAAAGCGAGCCAGGCCCGCGACCUGCUGUCCAAGAUGCUGGUGAUCGACGCGUCCAAGCGGAUCUCGGUGGACGAGGCCCUCCAGCACGCCUACAUCAACGUGUGGUACGACCCCAUCGAGGUGGAGGCGCCUCCCCCCCUCAUCACGGACAAACAGCUGGACGAGAGGGAGCACACGGUAGAGGAGUGGAAAGAGUUGAUAUACAAAGAAGUCGACUGGGAGGAGAGGACAAAGAAUGGGUUGAUCCGGGGACAGCCCGCUUCUCAAGCACAGGUGCAGCAGUGAGCCAACCCCCCCAGCACCAGCACCACCAACCCCCGUCCGCCUCCGCCGCAGGUGUCUCCGACCCCACCCUCUCCGCCCCCGCCCCCACCGGCAGCAGCCUGGAGCCCGCCUUAGCUACAACCAUCGCCUAGUGCUGGCCCGGGCGCUACCGGCCCACCGGGCUGCUGCAGAUGACUAUCAACAACAACAACAACAGAACGCAACGGCAACAAACACAACUUCCUAGUUAUUUUCUUUCUGGUGUGAGGUGGUAAGCUCCACCCCUCCCCCACCCACCUGAAGAGGACCCAAAGUCUACAAGCCCGACACUGGCCCCUCCCACAGUUCCGCCUCCCCCUCUCUCAUUCGUCUGUUGUUCAGGCUUUCGUAGAGUAGCAUCGAGGUCAGUUUAUCUGUGGCCAUUUUGGUUCCUUUCGGUUCUUUCUUCUUGUCUUCUUUUUUUUUUAUUAAGGACAUUUUCUUAUUUUUUAUAAUUAUAGUUUCUUUUUCGUUUGGUAAUUCUGUUGAACUUGAGUCCAGGCUUUAAUUUAUUGUGGCAUCCUGUUUCGACGUUCUGAAUCCUACGAUGCAAACUUUUCAUGAUUUUUGGUUCAUGGACGUUGAGAAGAAAAAAGAAAUAUAUUGAAAAACCUCUUCAUGUGAUCUGUUUUUUAUUUUAGUUGUUUUUGUAAAUCUUUCAGUUGGUGUUUAGGCUACUACUAUUACGUCACGCCAUAUACAUGUAGAUUGAGUUUGUACAGAGCAAGGGUCCGUUUAUUUUUUGCUUCAAAAAAUUAUGUUUGUGGUGAGCCAUUUGAAUAUACUUCAACAAAUGAUUGAUCUCAAUACUUCCGUACAACACGUUACCGUAUUUUGUAUCAAGGAGCUGAUAAUUUUUUGAAACCAUGCUUCGCUCGGUUUGAUUCUUUUCCCUUUUUUAAGAUUUGUUUGUAUAAAGAUAUUGGGUGUCUCCUUGUGAGUCACCACUACUACUACUACUUCUUUACCUGUAAACACUUUUUCUUUUGGAAACGAUAUUUUUUCUUUCUUUUUUUUGUUAUGUUAAGUUUAUUCUUGACAGCUGCUGGCGAUUUCAAAAUGCUGUUUGAUUUCCCGCUCUUUCCACCAUUUUACCCCUGCUGUGUGAGAUGUAAGAAUUGUACUAUUUAUUUUUUCCUUUUUAAGCUAUGUAACGGGACAGUGAGGGGGAGGGAGAAGUGGAGCUUUUAAGCGUUUCUUUUGCUGAUUUUUUUUCUUUUACUUUUCUAUUUUUUAUGUUUUAUUCGCAGUGGGCGUGUAGGAUUGUACAUCCCUUCAGAUAGCCCCGAGAAUAGCUUUACACUUAAAUCCCCCACCACUGCUCGAGAGGUUUGCUUGAAACGGUAAUGUCACAUUGACGGCAAAAUACUGGGGGAAUGUAUUGACAUAGACUAUGGGAGCUUUACGGAUAUGGAAAGGUUGCGAGUGCUGUGAGGUUUGACGUGUCAGUUGGGGUGUACAGAGAAUGUAUCAGUAAGUACCAAGGUGUGAUGUCGAGAAGGUUUGUUGAAGGUGUUGGAUCUGUAGUGUCUAUUGAGGGAUGUGUAUCGUACGACCAAGAGGGAACUGUGUAAGUAUGAUUUAGAUAAGUUUUGCUUCCUAAUACAAGAUCCUUUUAUUAGAAACGUAACGGGAUGUAUCUUUGUGCUCUUUGCGACGGUUUCAGAUUUUAACUCAAAUCUAUUGAUAGCGUGACUACGAUUAUUAAACCAAAACUCCCCUUCGUUUUCAACGCAUGGCAGCCUAACUUCAAUAUGAGAAAAACUAAAGAUAAGAAAAAUGUAAACAGUCUCUCUCCCUCUUAAUGUCUGACGAUUAUUUACUGAAUGCAAUAAUGGAGCCCUUCUUCGGGGUGUGUUUUUAUUUGUAUUAUUGGAAAGGAAAGUGCCUAUUGUUUAAGUGUUCAUUCCCGACUUCGUAGGAGGUAGUGUACUCGUUCGGCGCGGAGAGUUUUAUUAGGUAAGAAAUGGCAGGUUACACGUUUAAAAUCAAUCACGAAAGGUGGACGUUCUUGCAAAUGUUUUGUAUAUUUUUCUACUGUUUCUUUUUUGUUGUAUGUUUUGACGAUAAAGUUGGAGACUGUAGUCUUUUUGCAGGGUAACCAUAGUAAUAACAAACAUUUAUUUUCGUUUCUGUUGUUUUGAAAGAAAAAGGUGGAUUGUCAAAGUCUUUUGUUUCUUUAAAUCACACUAGUGAAUCAUGAUCAAGAUUUUAGCACAUUUUGCAACGGUUGAGGUAACAGCUAAUGACAUAAACAUUUCUGAAAUUUUUUAUUUAUUCAUAAUCUCCCUUCUCGCCUCUCCUUACAAUUGCUUUAGGGAGACUUUUCAAAAUCUGUAAUACUUUUAAAGAUAAAUGGGAAGAGUUCUCCUGAGGGUUAAAAAACAGAACGGAGGGCUACAAACACCCUGUUUGGUCACAUAAUACUGCGUGGGUCCAGUUUUGAAUGGCCAUCAUUUGAUGUGACCUUGAUGAGAAUCCGCUAUGAGACAUUUAUUUUGGGUUGGCCACACUUUGAGAUGUACUUUUGUGAAAUAUCCAUCUAUUCAUAUCUUAACAGUACUUGUGAAUAGCAAAGAUUAAUUCAGUGAGGUAAAUCCGUUUUAAAGUUAAACGUAUUUGUUUGGGUUAAUUUCACGCUUUUCGUCACAAAACACUCAAUUGAUUUACUACCUUGACAUUCCUUUUAACUUCCAAUCAAUUACCAAUGAUAACAGGUUUCCAAACUAUUAUAAUUUUUUCAAGGAUAGUGGUGACAACGCUACUUAGCUCCCCUAGGCUCACGGAUGAGCUGGCAUGACUUGGUAACAACAGGAGCUUAUUUCCUGCUGUAAUUGCAGGAAAUGUAAGACAAUAAUGGCAAAAUAAAUGAUGCUUUUAUUAUCCCAUGCUCUGUCUUUUUUAUUUUAUUUGAAUUUGGCCUUAGUCACAAUUGGAAAGCUUUGUUUAGGGUGUUUUUAUUUUACUGCUAAAACCUAAUCUUAAUUUAAGGCUUUGAUGGACUACCUCACUCAAAGUUUCUACCAGUUUUUGGAUGGACACGGAUGGACUCAGUUACCUGCAGAAUUAGCUACGGAAGACGUGUGAAUAACAUAAAUAUUAUUUAUUUAUUUUGAAACUGUACCAUUGUUAAUUUGAGCAGACCUCUAGUUUUGUACAUUAUGUAUAGGCCUACUUGUCCUAGAAGUUUAAAACAAAUGUUAUAUGUAUAUAUUUUUUCUCCCCCUUCUUUUUCCUAUUUUUCUGUUUUGUUUUUCAGUGCAAUACCUUCAGCAAAUUGUGCUAGUUGUGAGUCCCGGCGCUAGCCACGUUAGCUGUCUCCUGAAGGUAGAGAAAAUGUUUGGUACUGUCGACACGUUUCCCCUUUUUUAAGACUACAUUUUUUUAUUUUCGUUUUUUUUUGCUGUGACUUGUUUAUAAUCAUAUUGUUCUGUAAUUAGUCUUACCGACCAAUCAGAUCCGGCCAGAGAUCGAAAACACAAAAAAAGAAAAGUAAACAAGAUUUCUUCAUGUUCAUCAUGGCCAGAAGAUCUUGAUUUGGUUGUGUGGUAAGACGAAAAUAAUGUUAAUAAACAAAACAGGAUAAAAGUUUCAAUGCCUAAAAAAAAUUGUAAAAACUCGUUAUAUGUAUGGUGCUGGUUUGUAAUGUUUGCUAGUGAAUCCAGCCAUGCAAGUAGAUUAAGAGUUGUUGGUGUUGCGUGACCCCAGAGAAGCGCAAACAACGAUUAAGUGCACUACUAGAAUACAUGCCCUGGGAUCGGACGAUGCCAACUCAGAAAAAAAACAACCAACAAAAAAAACAUGUACUGCAAAUAAAGUAAAAUACACUUUGAAUCA